CUGUUUUCAGAGCUACCUGCUGCUAUUGCUGAUGGUCUAGAUGAUGACGACCUAGAGGACCGCUCAACUGACCACGAGAGUGGAGAGGCAGACUCAUCGACUAAUCUUGAUGUAAUUAUUGGAAGCAGUGCUUCUGACUCGCGCAGCCACAGUCUAGUAUUAUGUCAAGAUGUUGUUAGGCGUCGCCGUGGCACAGUUGAUGCUUCAACUGUUCUUCCAGUAGCGGUAUCAAUUUCGGGCUUACCUGCGCCCAUCGGCCAGGCUGCAGAGACAAUGCUUUCUAAUCCUCCGGCUAAUCCAAGUGUUGUGCCCUCCCGCAGGAUUGCUGCUAUCAAUGGCCAACUUUUGCAGUCUCAACCUCAAUUCGUUUACACUACUGUGGAUGCUAGAAGACAAUCUACUAGAAUACAUCCUAUUUUGAAUGGGAAUAAUCGACAUUUAAAUCGCAGUAAUUGGAAUCAGCUCAUGGAGUUAUACGUUGCUGAAAGUGAGGAUCUUGUUGAUCCAUUAAAUCGACGCCGUAACCACAGGACCUCGGCCAGUCGAGAACGAGAGGAAGAGGAUGAUGAAGAAGAUGGUUCUUACGAUGAAGUAGCUGUUGCUGGUAAUUUGGUCUCUUUAUAA